GUUUCCACUCGAACUUCCUAGCCGACCAGUUGUUCCUAGCCUUAUCACUGGAAACAUCGCGCAGUCGCUAUCGGCACCUUGCCGUUAUCAAUAUACAGAUCAAACGUCGAUAUUCAGUAGUAUCACCGAAACAGUUGGAACUUAUCGUUGCUCGUGACACCUGUGAGAGCUCAGUGUGCGCUGUUCAAUUACGAGAGCCGAAAAAUGGCCUUCAGAGAUAUCCUUCGUGGAAUAUGCGACCUCAUCCUGAACAACAAGCUGAUCUUCUUCCUGAGUGUGGCCCUUUUCGCAUUCAUCAUUGCAACCAUUGCACUGGCCGUUGAGAAUAACAGCAAUGCGGACGACUUGGCUUCAUGUCGGGAUUCACUGUGGCAUGCGACAUCGGUAGCACCGCCGGCGUCGACAACGUUGCAACCUGCGGAAACUACGACCGUUGCAGGCGAAACCACAUCAAGUGCUCCGGAUGUAACUACGCCGGAAAAUCAAGGAAAAUUUUUGACACUUCACGACUACAGAGAGCAAAUACGACGGCGAUGAAUCAGCUCCGCUAGUUCCCCCAGCUAGUUAGAGCGACAUUCCCUGUGAAUCAAAAACAAGCAUAUACCAAAUAAAAGCGAUAAGAUUACACACUACAC